CUUCCUUCUCCUGCAGCACCAUGGUGGGGCCCAAGUGGACAUCUACGAGAAGCUGCCUGUUCCCUUUGGGCUCGUGCGUUUUGGGGUGGCCCCAGACCACCCCGAAGUGAAGAGUUACGGUGCUGAAGAUAACAGGGUGCUGGGGAUCCCAGGGGAGAACCUCCCUGGAGUUUAUUCAGCCCGAGCAUUCGUGGGCUGGUACAACGGGCUGCCCGAGAACCAGGACCUGAAGCCCGACCUGAGCUGCGACACGGCGCUGGUGCUGGGUCACGGCAACGUGGCGCUGGACGUCGCCCGGAUCCUCCUGUCCCCCCUGCAUCUCCUCAGGAAGACAGACAUCACUGACAGCUCCCUGGCAGCUCUGGCCUGCAGCAAGGUGAAGCGAGUCUGGCUGGUUGGGAGGAGGGGACCUCUCCAGGUUGCUUUCACUAUCAAGGAGCUGCGGGAGAUGAUAAACCUGCCUGGGACCAGACCUGUCCUGAACCCUGCUGACUUCACAGGCCUUGAAAAUGCUAUCAAAGAUGCCCCCAGGCCCAGGAAGCGACUGACGGAGCUGAUGAUGAAGACGGCCCUGGAGCAGCCUGGGGAGAAGGCGGUGGAGGCGCAGGCUGUGGUGGGGCAGGCGGCAGCCCCCCGGGAGUGGGGGCUGAAGUUCCAGCGCAGCCCCCAGGAGGUGCUGCCCACCGCUGACGGGAGCAGGGCCAGGGGCGUCCGCUUGGCCCUCACCCUUCUGGAGGGCUCGGGUGACUCUGCCAAAGCCAUUCCCACUGGGGAGGUGGAGGAGCUGGAGUGUGGGCUGGUGCUCAGCAGCAUUGGCUACCGGAGCCUGCCCCUGGACCCAGCGCUGCCCUUCGACGCCGAGCGUGGCGUGAUCCCCAACAGCUCGGGCAGAGUGGAGGGUGUCCCAGGGCUGUACUGCAGCGGGUGGGUGAAGAGAGGACCCACGGGCGUCAUCGUCACCACCAUGAACGACAGCUUCGACACUGCCCAGGCUGUGCUGGAGGAUCUCCAGGUGGGCGUGCUGGACGUGUCCACCUCCAGAGAAGGUUUUGGGGCCGUGCAGAGCAUCCUGCACAACCGAGGAGUCCGUCCCGUCUCCUUCUCGGACUGGGAGAAGAUAGAUGCUGCUGAAGUGGCGAGAGGCAAAGCUGCUGGCAAGCCACGGGAGAAGAUCGUGGAUCCUCAGGAGAUGCUGCGGCUGGUCGGUCACUAA